AUGUGGGAACGUAUUAAAAAAGCCUUGUUAAACUCACUUUCCGUUAGCUGCUCGGCCAUCUGGAACUGGAUCCGAGCUUUCUGGAGAAAGAAUGGCCUCUUGACUCUUUCGAUGCUCUCUGUUGUAACUGGAUGCCUGCUCGGAUUUUCGCUAAGCGUUCUGGAGCUGACAGAGCUGGAGAAGCAAUACUUUUCUUUUCCUGGAGAGCUCCUUAUGAGGAUGUUAAAAAUGCUGAUUCUACCCCUCAUUACUUCUAGUCUGAUGUCCAGCUUGGCCACCAUAGACUCCAAGGCCUGUGGGAAGAUGGGGUUGAUCACACUCACCUAUUAUCUUUGGACUACAUUCAUGGCUGUGACUGUUGGGAUUGUGCUUGUGAUCAACAUUCAUCCGGGCGCUGCUGCCCAAAAGGAGGAGUAUACCGUGGGCAACGUGGUGUUAAGCUCUGCAGACGCCUUACUGGAUUUAAUCAGAAAUAUGUUUCCUUCUAACCUGAUUGAAGCUUCAUUCCAGCAGUAUCGAACAGUUCUCGUCCCAGUCGUAAAAUCUUCAGGCUUUCCAAAGAUCCCAGGGAAACCUCUCAGCUUCAUUUACUUUGCACCUGACGAUGAAAAUCCCGAAAUUCAAAGGCCUGUGCUUCUUGAGAUCACCCCCUCUCCGGAAAUGACCUACCGGACCCUGCCUGGGGCCAGCAGUGAAAUGAAUGUCUUGGGGAUUGUUAUCUUUUCUGCUACAAUAGGCCUCCUUCUAGGGAAAAUGGGUGAGCGUGGAACUCCUUUAGUCAACGUGUGCCAGUGUCUGAAUGAAGCAGUUAUGAAGAUUGUCUCAAUGGCGGUUUGGUACUUCCCAUUUGGCAUUGUGUUUCUCAUUGCUGGGAAGAUUUUGGAAAUGGAGGAUCCAGCUGUGAUUGGAAAGAAAUUGGGACUCUAUGCCAUAACGGUGGUGACAGGGCUAGUCAUCCAUGGACUUAUCCUCUUGCCUUUGCUUUUUGCACUCAUUACCAGGAAAAACCCCUUCGCUUUCAUCCAGGGAAUACUGCAAGCCCUGCUGAUCGCCCUCGCGACAUCAUCCAGCUCAGCAACCCUGCCCAUCACCCUGAAAUGUCUUCUGGAAAACAAUGGAAUAGACAGACGGGUGGCACGAUUUGUUCUCCCUGUUGGCGCAACCAUUAAUAUGGAUGGGACUGCACUGUACGAGGCAGUCGCUGCAAUCUUUAUUGCUCAGGUCAAUGAGUACGAUUUGGACUUGGGACAAAUUAUAACUAUAAGCAUAACAGCGACAGCAGCAAGCAUAGGUGCAGCGGGAAUCCCCCAAUCAGGGCUCGUUACAAUGGUCAUUGUACUAACCUCUGUUGGCCUGCCCACGGAUGACAUCACACUGAUCAUUGCAGUUGACUGGGCUUUAGAUCGACUUAGAACAAUGACCAACGUCCUGGGUGAUGCACUGGCUGCGGGCAUCAUAGCACAUGUCUGCCAGAAAGAUUUUGCACCAAAGCCAGAAAAACAAGAUCCAGUGAGCAACACAGAGAAGCUUUCUUCUGCCGAGAACUCCCUUCUCCAGCCCAAAGACCACGUGAUGGAAAUGAUUGUAGAAACGUUGUCCGAACGAACAGGAGUUAAUUACAAUAUCUGCCAGGUGUAAUGGCCAUAGCAUUUUCAUUCCCAGGAAGAGGAUUUUGGUGCUAACACGUAGCCACUCUACUCUGUGUGUACAUGUGGGCCUUACUGUGCACAAAAAAGGCAGAAAAAUCCAUUUUUGGGAGGCUUCGAAGAGCUACAGCAGCACAACUGCACUGGCCAGAAGUUAAACAGGAAGCAGUAGCGCCAACUGCUUGCGGCUUUAACCUGCGAGGCCUCAUCUAUGAAGUCAUUGUCUUGACAGUCCAGAGCAACAGAUUUUUAAAGGUUUCAUGCCACUAUUUUCUCAACACAAUUUUCUUUUUCGAGGACAGAGGAAUAGAUAGUUAUUAGAGAAGAACCUUAGCUGGUUGUUUUAAAAAGGGGCUGAGACAAGGCAGAGCUUUGUCACCGUCCAGCAAUGGUUUUCACCCAUUCUCUGUUCGCAAUUGCUGUCAGUUUGCAUUAUGUUUAUUAUGCAGAUAAUUUGACCAUCUUAUUUUAAAAUUGUGGUUGGUAAACUUUUUUUAGAGAGAGAUUUUAUAUUCUCUAAAAAUGGACAUUUCAAGCAGACUUUCUGCUGUCAUUCCAAAUGUAAUUUUGGUCUUCAAGGAACAGGCUGUUUGGACAUCUUUGGACACAGAAUUUAGGAGCAGAGUUGUUUGGAAAUGUUCCAAUUUUUUCACUUGAUAAGGCUCCCAACAACCAUUCGUGGCUCUGUCAAUGACUGCUCCAGCUAGUAUGGUGAAGAUGCAGGUACUAAACACAAGAUUUGGGAAUGAAUGGCAAAAUUUGCAUGGUGAGAGUGGAAUACAAGAAUCAAAAUCAUCUUUGGUUUCUUCAUGAUAAAUUUGAACUAAAUGCAAGCAACUGGAAACUGCAUGUAGGCAUGAAAAGGAAAUGGAAAAUACAAUUUUAUCUGGCUUUAAAUGUUUUUUUAAAAAUAUGAUCAAGCACUAAAACAGUGCUUUUGAAUAUAUUUUAUUUAUGAAUCAAUCUUCCUCCUCAAGUAUAAAACAUGUCAUAUGAACCAACCCUCCCCACAUAAUUUUUCCCCAUCAGUGAGUUGACCAGAUCCCAAUAAAAUUAUGCUGAUUUCCCAGCUGAGGACCUGGCCCUGUUUUGA